CGACCUCUUGGACAUUUCAUCUUAUUGAUGUCGACCAACGAUUCCAUUCAACGAUUGUGCGAACGUGCCAAAGCCACCGACGAGGCCGGCCAGCGCGAGGCCGCCAUUGCCUACUACGACGACGCGAUUCAAGCGCUGCAGCAGCAAUAUGCGUCCAUUGCACCAGAGGACACGACAAGCAAGGUGCGCGUGGCCAAUGCGCUGCAGCAGUGCCUCGACCGACGCCUCGCUCUCCAACAACGGGAGGCGCCACGCAUCGAAAUCACACCGCGGACACUCCAGACGGCUAUGGCCGCGCAGUCGGCUGCAACACAGGGCGUGCACAAGGCGGGCGGUGGUAAGACCGUGCUCGGGUCGGCUGUGGCCGGCGCUGGCCUCGGGCUAUGCGUUGCAGGACCCUUGGGGCUCAUGGCCGGCGCGGUCGGCGGCGCUGUGUUGACAACAAAGAACGGGGCGACAGGUGACAUUGCACGCGCGACGGGCAACCUCGUGGCAGCGUCGUAUGAGAGCGCCAAGGUCAUCAACAACACAUACCACGUGACGGACCGCGUCAAGAGCGCGGCCAAGAGCGCAGUCGCGACAGCCCAGGACCUCGAUGCCAAGUACAAGAUCAAGGACACGACCGCGAGGCUGCUCGAGAGCGGCAUCAAGCACGCGACUAUCGUGAACGAUAAGUACCAACUCACCGACCGUGCGGCGAAAGCGACCGUGAGUGGGAUGAACAAAGCAUCCGAGAUCCUCCGCGACAAGCAGAAAUAACGAGUACUAGAGAUAUCCCCACCAAUCCCAGUCCCAUAACAUACACUGGCGACGUCCCAACUGCCUGCUGCCAUAAUGUCGCGCCGACCGAAUACAAGUCGCAUCGUCAAGACGAAUAGUUCAUUCGGCACUCGAUGCCUUCACCACGACACGCUGCUCACAACAGCCGCCAUCGUCGUCGUUGCAGAGCGCUGGACUGC